AUGACGUCUGCUCUCUUCGGCGACGACGACGGCCACCGCGCUCCCAGCUCCCUCUUUGGCUCCUCCGCCGACGAGCACGACCCCUGGGGCCUGCCCGUGCCGAAGAGUCGGAAGAGGCGCCAUGUCGGCUCUCUGCUAGAUGGAGUGACGUUGCCGGACAUCUACGAGCAGGCUUAUGUCGCCGCCAACCCCCGCCCGUCGGGCAUCCUCCCCCUGUCCUCCCUCCGCACCAUCCUCGACUCCUCACACCUCGCCCCGCACGUCCUCAACAAACUUCUUACGCUCGUCCUUCCCGAUGACGGCGAGAUCGGAAGGGGUGAGUUCGUGGUCGCGAUGGCGCUGGUGGGGUUAGCGCAGGAGGGCGAGGAUGUCACUUUGGAUGGGGUUCAUGAGAGACGAAAAGAUCUUCCCAUUCCUAAACUCGACUUACUGAAGCCCACACCACCCGAGCCAGAGGCCAAACCAAUCCCCGAAACAGGAGUAUCAGCAACACUCAUCCCAGACCGACCCACCAGCGCCCGACCUCCGCGAACUCCAGCGCCGAUCGAUAACCCCGAACACAACCCCUUCUCCUCAUCACUCCCCAACGACCCCCUCGUCCCGCCCGUGGCUCCAGCAAUUUUACAGGCUCCGCCGCUGACGUCGAGCGAGUCUCAGCAUUUCGUGAGACCGUUGAGUCAGCCUAGGGAGGAGGAGCAUGGUGAGGCGGAUCCAUGGGGAGGGAAUAGCCCUGGCGCAAUCCUGUCUACGCACCACACCACCACGCACGCAGCACCUCCGCCGCCUCCAAUUGCGGCUUCCACAUGGACAUCGACGCACGACACCACUCCGUCGAUUCAGAUCCAGACCGUCCCGGAGAAAGAGGGAUUACCGCUCUUCAAACACGUGAAUUACACCAUCACGCACCAUCCCCGCAACCAACCCGCCACGACCGUAACCCGCCGUUACUCCGACUUCACCUGGCUCCUCUCCACCCUCACCCGUCGCUACCCCUUCCGUCUCAUCCCCCUCAUGCCACCCAAGCGUCUCGCUGUGAAUGGUCAUUACUUGAGUGCUGACGCUGCAUUUCUGGAGAGGCGACGGAGGGGUUUGAAGAGGUUUUUGGAGGGGGUUGUGGGACAUCCGGUUCUUGGGAGAGAUGUGUUGGUCGGUGUGUUUCUGAGCGUGCCGGUUGAGAUUGGGGUAUGGCGAAAACAAGCUUCCGUCACUGUACAAGAGGAAUUCGAGGGGAUUGAUACGAUUCCGGAGGGGUUGGCAGAGGGCUCGCCGGCGAAUUUGGAUGAGGUUGUGGAGAGGGUGAGGACUGCGCUCAAAGUGCAGGGGCAAACUUGGAUUGGGAUGUGUGCGUUGCUGGAGAGGUUGGCGAGGAGGCAAGAGGGGUUUGCGAUGGAUUUGUUUCGGGUGUCGCUCUCCCUCGGCGCACUCGUGGAUGAUUCGUCCGCCUCCAUUUGCCCCACUCCGAACUGCCAAGCCUGUCCCACGACCAAUACGGGUUUAUCCUUGGUGAGCAAGCACCUCCAACAUGCGCAGGGGUUGUUGGAGGAUGAGAGUCGGGCGUGGGAUGACGGCGUCCUGGAGGAUUUGAAAAGGCAGAGGGAUAAAGUUGUGGGAAUGAGAGAGAUGUUUGAGAGGUGGGAGAAGGGGAGUGGAGAUGAUGUCGCGAAACUCGAAAAGAGGAUCCGGACGUCUGAGGGGAAGAUCGCCAAUUUGAGACUCAAAGAGGGGAAGGAGGGGGAGAUUACGAAGUUGGGGCAGGGGAUUAUCCAGGAUAAAGCGACCAUUGCGCAACUGAUGACUCGUCGCGUGUUGAUUCGACAGUGUCUUUUGGAUGAGAUUGUGUAUUUCCAUAAGAGUCAGACGCAUGUGGGGAGGUUGUGGCAGGGGUUCGCUGCGGAGUUGGUGAAGUAUGGGGAACUUGGUGCUGAGAAUUGGAGGAGGAUGGAUGCAGGCGUCCAAGGUGUUUUUUUGAUUGAUGCGGGGGAUUUUGCGUGAGAGGUCGGAGGACGUACUUCUAUGGUGGUAUGUAUGAGCAAACCGCAU